AUGAGUGACCUCCUGAACUACAUCCUGAACAACGAGGACGCAUUUCGAAGAAACCGCCUCCCAUCCCUCUACUCCGACUUCACAACCCAAAAGAAAACGAACCCCGACGGCUACGCCGUCAACGUAAGCGCAUGGGAGCAGGCUCUCAUCCACGCCGCAAAGCGCGGCUAUACCUCCACUCGAGGCGUACGCGUGCGCUCCGGCUCGACAACAUCACAAAAAGGUGUCCGGCCCCAGCGCAAGAAGACGGACCAUCUGAUCCUUCGUACGGACGAGUCGUUGUUGCGGGACCUGGAGCUUCCGGAGUGGGGAAAACCGGUUGCUCUGGGCGCUGUUUUCGAUGAGGCUAUGCGAAAACGUUCGAUGGUUCCGUUGCCGAUUUACAUGACUACACCUGGUUCGCUGCAGAGGAGUCAAUGGAGGAUUAUUGAUCCUAGUGCUUUGAAUCCGCUUAAUGUUGUCGGGUGGGGAUUGAGGCAAUUGAAAGGCUUUGUUAUUGGGGAGGGGGAGGCUGCGCCCAAGAUGCAAGUACAAGAAUUGGUCUUGGUGCAGAAUCUAGAGGAAGCGGCGGACUUGGCUAUCAAAAAGGCAACCGCGGGCAACUCAUCAAAAUUGGAUUUGAUUUACUCCAAGGAAAGCUUUGUGGAAGAGUACUCUACGCUUUUGCAUAAUGCAACUGAGUUAUCAGACUCUGAUUUCAAUGUACUUCUUCUCUAUCUAUCUCGGGACCGGGGGGCUAUUGCGUAUGAUGGCAAGACCAUCAAAUUCAAAUCAUCCGACGAAGCACCAAAUAUCACGCAGCAGGACUCGACUAUUGCCUCGAUCAAGACGCUCAUUUCUGCAAUUUCAAAGCAGGUCACCAAUCUCGAGAGAAAGAUUUCGGACUUGACUGAGUCUGCGAAAACAGCUCUUGGCAAUAAGAACCGCGUGUCAGCUCUGGCGGCGCUUAAAUCCAAAAAGACGGUCGAGCAUAAUCUUUCGCAGCGGCUUAAUACCCUCGCACAGCUUGAGGAGGUCUAUUCCAAAAUCGAACAAGCUGCUGGUCAAGUGGAGAUAGUUCAAGUGAUGGAAUCCAGCACUGGGGUUCUUCGAGGGCUCCAUGCUCAAAUCGGCGGCGCAGAGCGGGUCGAGGAUGUGGUUGAGGAGUUGCGCGAGGAAAUGAUGAAGGUAGACGAGGUGGGCGGCAUCCUAAACGAGGCCGCUCCUGUGAUCGAUGAAGGCGAGAUCGAUGAGGAGCUUUCCGCACUAGAAAAAGGCGACCAAGAGGCGAAAGAGGAGAAGGGGGCCGAAGAGACACGAAACAGACUCGCAGAGCUCGACAGCAUCAAGCAAGCUUCCGACGAAGCAAGCCGCCGAGCACAAGCCGCUGCCGAUGUCGACACCCAGCUGGCAGAGAGCAUGGAUCGGCUCUCUAACAUGUCUGUGGAAGACCGCCCAUUACCGGCUAAAUAA